CCUGCGCCGCCACCGCUGCCUCCUCCCCGGCUCGCCGCGGUUGCGGUGGAGGCGAGGCGAGGCGAGGCACGGCGGGCCUGGGGACUGCCGCCGCCGGGCCGGAUAUGUUGAUAUGCCACCAUCCAACAUUUUUUUUAGUAGUUAUGGUAACUUGGAAUGUUAUUAAGCAUGGAGAUUAAGUUAGAUGUUCUAAUUUCUACAUGUAUCAAGCAAAGGAGGCCUUGGCCUCGCAUUUCCUGGCUGGGACAGGAAAAAGAAGCAGUUUUUCUUUUAGAUGCUAAACGUAUUAAUGAAAUUAACCUGGUAUCAGGAAAGACAAAAAAGAAAAUUCCUCGACUACAGACACUGCUGAAAAAUGUAGCUGUCUUAACAACAUCACAAAAUGGUGCUUGGUUGGCAGGAAUCCUUACAACAGGAGAGCUGUUUCUCUGGAAUAAAGACCAAGACUGUUUGAAAACUGUGCCAGCAAUUGAAGAGUCUACUAAGGUGGUUACAGUGGCACAAGAGUGUUCUAUGAGAUUGUAUCUGUAUGUAUCAGGAGAUGGCAAAAAGGUGCUGCUCACUACUCCUACAGUGUGCAUCUUCUUGUGGGAGAGCACAGAAAGCAAAAAUGCAUCCUCUUCUAAAAAUCCUUCAUUGGCUGGGCAUUGGUCCCAAAUUUUGCCUGAAGAAUCAGUUGUGUUACCUUCCAUCGAAGAUAAAGAAACUGGAGUGAAUGUUGAUUUCAUCAAGAAUGAGAUAUUGGGUGACUGCUGCUUGUGUUCUUUUGUGUUUUAUUCUGUGGAAUGCUUGAUGCUGACAUUUUUGGUGCUGCGUUGGUCUGAAAACCGCUUUAGUUCUGUUCCUUACCAUAUCCAGUGGGCACAGCAAAAAUGUUCUUUGCUUAGUCUGGUUCCCCAAUGUGAGCCAGUAAAGUCAAGAGGAGCCUUGCUUACUGCAUUUGCAAGGGAUGGACUUUUGCUGGCAGUAGCUAUGAAUCAGAAUGAUCCAAAGGCAACUCAGAUUUUGUUCUUAAACACAUUGAAUUUAAUUACUGUUUCUGGUAACCUCAAAGGAUGUAGUAGCAAGAAUCAUAUGGUUCCAUCCAAGUUCAUCAGGUCAUACUGGGUAGCUGACAUGAGCUGGACUCAUAAUAGCCUUUUUUUGGUUUGCAUGUUAAAGCGUGGUUCGUUUCUCUUACUGACUCGUAUGGGUGAAUUACUGACGUUGGUUACUUCUGGCUGCUCUAUAGAAUUUGGACCAGCAGAGUUUAUUCCUUUACAUCCACUCAUAACAUACAGGUCACAACAGUUCAUGUCUCAAAAUUCCACUCAGUCUCUUGGUUCAUCAGCUUCUGAAAAUGAUCUAAUGAGACAGAGAUUUUCUGUAACAGCACACCCAAGACUACCCUACCUCAUUUUCUCUGAUGGGUAUAUGGUUACAGUUCUUAGGUUUUCUGAUAAUCUUUCACCAUCAGGAUUUAUAAGGUCACUUCUGCUUGAUUCAGCCCAGAAGCUUGAAAAAGUACAUCAAGGCCUGAUGAUAGCUAAGUCUAAAGGAAAAAGGCUGCAGUUGCAGUCUUUGUCCUCCUUAAAAUCUAAUCUAUUAAAACAACACCAAAACCAAAGUUCUGCCCUUUCCACCAUUCCAAAAUUCUUGCAAGAAGAAACUGUAGAAUGGAUUGAGAAAACAGCAGAAUUACAGGGUCAUGAAGAAGAAUCUGAUGAGGAUGAACAUUUUCAAAAUAGCUCUUCUGCUUUCUGGAGCCACAGACCAGAUUCGCUUUUUGGUCAAGGCCAGUUAGAGUUUGCAUCAAUGUUUGACACCAUACAUGCAGAGGAUGAUACCGAAGAAAAAGAUGAUUGGUCUGUGGAACUGAACUCUAUCCAAAAAAACCUUCUCGCAGCCUGGGAGACGGGGAUUACAAAAAACGUACAAGAAAAAGAUAUGCUUUUGAAUUACACAAUAAGCUGCAUUACUUACUUUUUCAGUAUUAUCCAGUAUAUAAAAAGUCCUUUAUUAAACCACAAGCCAUUUUUAAACAAGUCUGCAGAUAAUAAUCUCUGGAUGCAUUGUGUCUUAAAACAUUUUCAGCAGUUUUUAAGUGUCCUGUUUUGGGGUGUCAGAGAUGAACAGACUGUUAGAUAUGUAGCGAAACUCACAUCACAAACUAUAAAAGUAAUGCUUGUUCAGCAAAAAGAUCAGUUGUUCUCCAAAAAUCUUUUGGAGUCCUUCUGCUUGUUGAAGAUGGUCACUCGCACUCUAAAUGGCAUAUGCACUCCAGAGUAUGAGGUGAUUUCUACAUCCUCUGUCAACAGUAAUGUCAAACUUGACUCUCUGGUUGUACCUAUUUUUCAAGCUCUUAAUGGGAAUGUCACUCAGAAAUUUCACUCACAAACUUCCUUGCUUAAGAGACCUCCUUAUGCCUCAAGCCUUGACGAGAAGCCAGAAAACAGAUUAACAAUACUGUGGCAAUUGUUAUAUAAGCACGUGCUUUGGUAUCAGGCUCAGCUGAACAGAAAAAUAUAUAGGAAUGGCAAGCCAUUGACUGAGGUGAAGAUUCCACAUGAAGAAUCUGUUGUUGCAUCACUUUUAAGUCAUAUCCAGGCAACCCUACAGUCUUCAGGAGUGACCUUGGAGCAAAACUUGAAGCUUAACUCUGUGAUUGGGGAGGAGCAGUUUCUUCUAGGCUCAUACAAAGAAUCUUUGGACAUCUGGAAGAGAGCUCUUCAGGAAGUCAAAGCAAAAGGAGGAAUAAGAGCACAUUUUCUUCAAACUAGAUAUUUCCUGGCCAUAUUAUAUUGCCAGCUAUAUCACUAUAAUUUACGUGAGGCUCAGGGGCUUUGUGACCAUCUUGUGGGAGAAAUACUAAGGCGCUCUCAGCUUUGCAUGAGGCAGAUGGAAGAUUUCUCUGAUUUUAAGUAUUCUCAGCAUGAGCUGUGGAUGAUACAAGAUGUUCGUACUGAAGCUGCUAUGGCUGUAAUUCAGUCCAUGGCACGAUUCAUGGCAGCUUACUUCACAAAUCAGAUACUGUAUGUGCUCCCCUCACAUAAUGUUGGUGUCCUACCUCCACUUCACAUCAAACCAGACAAACUUCCUCGAGUUAUUCCAUUGCAACAUAGUUUGGUCACCAAUGCUGUUAGAGAUCAGAAUCUGUCUUCUGUAUGGACAGCUGAAUAUGCUCUUGAAUUGCUCUUUGUUGGUGGACUGAUUCCAGAGGCUGUGUGGUUAACACACAAACUUGGAGACUGGAAAAUGGCUGUUUCAAUUAGUAUAGCCUAUAAUCUCUACUGUAAAGCCAGUGAUAACUUCUCAAGGUCAGAGAAAACAGAACUACAUCUGCCAUUAAACAUGUCUCCAACACAGACUUUUCAGGAAAAGCUACAGUCAUUUUUGGGACAGCCAGUCAAUUUUGAAACAUCAAAUGAAGGAAGUGCUAAAUACAAACAGUUUACAGAUCCCAUUGAAGAGGAAGAUGCAAAUAUACUUUUCAGUUCAGUGCAAGAACUACUGAAAGCAGCUGUUAUGGCAGAUGCAGACAUUCUUUCAGAGACUUUUCAACUUUUGAUGGACUCUGCCAAGGACCUCAGCAAAAAGAUGUGUGGUUUAGUGCCUCAUGGGCUAUACCUUCCUGCGCCACCGUUAUAUUGCCCCCAGCCAGCUUCCCUCAGUGAAGAAGACUGCAAUGACCCACUUUUAAAAAUGGAGAGACAUUAUCGUCAAAAGAUGUCAGGAGUUCUUCAGAGAAUUCUUUUGCUCUUCCGGGCUGCUUGUUGUUCCUACCCUGCAGCACAGUGGUAUAUUGUACAGCUGAAACGGGCAAGAAAAAUAAUGCAGAAGAUUCGAAUAAAAGGCUCUCUUACUUCAUUAAGUCCAUUUCCUGAGACUUUGCUUCAUUAUUCCAAAUACCGUUCAGUAUUCUUUAAACCCACAUCUUCUGGAGACCAUCAGUUUGAUGAUAUUUCCUGUAAAACAAUAGGUUGCUUCCGAGAAUUGUGUGCCUUGUGUUGGAUGCUUCAUGUUCGUGAAAAGUUAUCUGAUAGCUGCAGACGGUACCAAACUGCCAGAGAGAAUAUAGAUAAUCAAGAGGAUUGUAAGAAGACUGAAUAUGAUGCUUGCAUAGUUGAGCACUGUCUCAAUGCAGUGGAGUGGGCUUAUCGAAUGCUUCCUUUCUCUAGAUUCAUGAAUGUUGAAGAACUAGUUCAAGACAUAAUUUUGAGUCUUGUUGGAGAAUUGCCACCAAUCAGAAAGGUGGCAGAAAUUUUGGUGAAAGCAUUUCCUAAUCCUGAAGAUAUAAGAGUUCCAUUAAAGGAUAAAUAUUAUGCCCUUCAGCAGCGACUCAGGCACUGUAUUGUCAGAGGUCCUAAAAGUGAGGAGAUGAUGUCUGUUGUUAUUGAGGUUACCCAUAAAGUGAGGCUGAAAGCCCUGAAACGUGUAAUAAGAAAUAUAGGCCCCCUUGAAAUGAGUAUCUGGGAGCCAUCAGAAGAGGAGACUCCAGAUGAUGAGGCACAGUGCUAUGAUAGAUUCUCAUUAGGGACCAGUCUAAGCAGAAGUACACUUACAGAUUUUGGAUAUCCUCUUGUAUACAGUGAUGCUGAAACAGCAGAUACUCUCUCUGAGGCUUUACUUAUAGAAAAAGCGAGAGAUCAGGUGCCUUCACUGCAGAGGGACACAGAGACUCAUAAAGGAGGAAAAGAUGAUAAGAUAAAAGAUCUUAAUAGAAAAACAAAACAUAAAGAAAAUGUGCACAGUAAUGCCUGUCUGAAUCAGUAUAAUUUGCCUGUGGUAGGUGCAUGGGAAUUUGAACGUGAUGAUGAAGAGUACAUUAAUUUCUUAGAACUCUUUUUGAGUUAUAUGCUUGAAAGAGACUUGAUAAAUUGCCCUGAUCCUGGGAUUCCUUUUCUGACCAGCUUUUCUGGACUCCUUCUGGAACAUGAACUAAACUCUCUCCUUUUUGAUGUUCAUACAACAUUGAAACGUCGAAUGGAGAAAACUACAAGCCAAAAUGUAUUUAGAACAGGUUGCUGCUAUACUGUUGUUCCUGCAUCUUGUGAUUCCAAGCCAGCUUCUGUUUGUAAUAAAAAGCAAAAACAUUUGGAAAGACAAAUGUCUUUUUCAGUUUUACAGCCAACAGAGCCUUCUGUGUAUGACUCUGUGAAUGGAAUAAAUAAAUAUGCUGGAAAGAAGGGAUUAUUUGGUUUAAGUCAUCAAUCAGUUUAUAGAGCGCAAGAUGAUAAACAAGAAUUAACUGUUCUACCUGUAACCCAAACCUUAUCAGACCACACUUGCUCUUUUCUGCACACUCCAGCAACUUGUAAAUAUGUCUACGAAAUAAUUCACCAGGAUAUUACACCAAGAGAAGAACUUGCUCUAGACCUGAAGAAUAAGUUUAGCAAUAUUGCAAGAUUGCUUGAAUGGAUGAUCAGAUGGUCUGACAAGAGGCUACUAUGCGAUUCCAACAGAAUUGAGUCGUUUCAGGAGAGCUACCCAAUGAUGCAUGUGAAAACAUCAGCAGCUGCCAUACUUACAUCACUGUGGCUUUUGGAACAACCAUACUGUGAUGGAUUGCAAACAAGGACCUCAAGCUUUAAGAGUCAAGAUAAUCAGUAUCUAAUAGAGCCUGCAUCUCUGCUAAAAACAAGACCAGAAAUAGAGAUAGAAAGCAGCAUGGAUACAGGUGGUUCUCCAUCAUCAGAUACUCUGCUAGGUGGGCAGAGUGUAAAUGCAUAUGAAGAACCUCAUGAAAGUGCUUUAAGAAUACAUUCUAAAAAGAAGGAAAUGAAUGAUAUGAGUAAUUCUCUACUGCACACUAUUGAAGAACGAGCAAUAGAUUCUGAUGAAGAUCUUAAAGAAUUGGGACCAUUCAUAGAGGAUGAAGUAAAUAUAACAUCAGAAAAUGAAGAAUUCUUUGAAGAGCCAUUUGAAAUACCAAAAAGCUCCAAUAUUUCUGUCAGUAUUAAACCUGUACAACAGCAAAAAGUAGAGUAUAUUUCCACUUCAGAUGUAGAAUGUCCACAAGAAGGACUAAUGACAGAAAAAUCAGAGGAGAAAAAGGCUGAACAGAACAGCAUGACGGAGGCUGUUGCCAAAAACAUUCCUCAUUCAUUCUAUUUAGAAAAGAAUGCAGAAGCUCCUAGUAGUACAGAGGUUUCUGGAUGUGAUGAUCAGUCUUCUUCCAUUGCUGAGUCAAGUGUUUAUUCCCAUGCUUCAGUUCAUUCAGAGGAAAAAGAAGUCCAGGAAGGAGCACCCACAGCAGAGCCACUGAACACAUCAGAAACUAUCAGACAGAUGCUCCAAGAUGAAAUGUUUAAACUAGUUCAGCUGCAGCAAAUCAACUUUAUGAGUUUAAUGCAAAUAGUGGGAUCAUCCUUUGCCAACCUGCCAAAUAUGCAGCACCUUUUGCAGCAGUCUCAAUUUGUUCCACUGGGAGGAAGCCAGCUUUCACAUGCUGCUGGAGGUGUAGAAAAAUCUCUUCCUACCCAUUCUUCAAAUGGCUCUCCAGAAACUCAGCGCUCCGGUCAAGAAAAUACUGGAAAGUCUGACAAAAAGAGUCGCUCUCACUCCCAGCAAAUAAAUGUCAUAAAUGAUCAAGGCAAAAAUGAAAAUAUACAGAAUCGGUCAGACAGAAAUGUUUCUUUAAUCCCAUCAGAGACCCAAUCUCAUGGAAUAGGAUUUACUCCAGCAUCUCACGAUUUGCUUCCUUCAGCUCCAGCCAAACCACUUCAUCUGUUAUCUCCUUCUCCAGAUAUCCAGAAGCCACCCAAACUUAUUCCAGUCUCAAAAACUUCAAAUUAUGCAAGUGGAUAUCCUUUGCUUACACUUGAAUCAGAUUAUCAUUUCAAACCACUCAAUGUAUGUCCAGUAGGAAUUUCACAAGCUUUUGCCAUGCCACUUCUACAACCAAAAGUGGCUUGGGGUCCACCUGAUUCCUUACAAAACCUUCAACCAUUACAAACGCUAGGAAACAAGAGUAAGUCUAAAACAGCACACCUGAAUGUGGAUAAGUACGACCUUGAAUUUAUAAGGCAAGCACAUGAGGAAAAGAAGAGGUGGGCAGAAGCUGUAAGUAAGGGACCUCCUAAACAUCUACAUGUAAAUCAGUAUGAAGGUCAGCAAUAUGUUGCACCUGAGCAGUACCUCUCUAGGAAUAUGAAUGCAGAAAAGCCACUGAUUGCUCAGCAUGUUUCCUUCUGUGGGACUUCCCAAUGUCCAUCUGGAAUUCCUCUACUACAUCUGCAGCUUGAUCCUGUACUUAGAUUUCCACCAAUUAUCAGACAACUGACUGAUACUUCUUUAAUAACUGUUAGACCUACAACAAAGGAGGCUGAUUGGAACACAAUAUAUCACCCAGGAAUAGCAAUUCUUCACGAUAACUUACCUCCAAAAUACAAGUUCCAAGCACCAAAACUCAUCCCACUUCAAAAUCUCAUUGCAUUUGAGCAAAGGCGCCAACAUAUCAGUGCACCAUGUCCCCUUGUUGGACAAGAGCAUUCUGAACCAAUUCAGUUGUUAAAAGCUGAUAGCGAAUCAUUUGAAUCAAGACAUCUACGGAAUAAUAAAAAAAGACAGAAGAGGCGUGCUGAAAAUCAGAUAAAAGAGGAGAAGGAAAAGAAAAAAACAAGUGUGACAUUCCGUCCAGAAGAUUCUAUUAUUGGUAGCGACGAUAUAGAAGUAACUGUUAAAACAGACACACAGGUUCAGCAAACAGAAUCCAGCUGUUAUCUAGCAGAUGAUUUUGUCACUUCACUUGACCCACUCAGAGAUGCUGUUACUACUUCAGCAGCUCUACACUUCAUGGCUUCCACAAGGAAAAAGCCUACAGAAGUUCAAGAUGCAAGUACAAAUACAGAUCCAGUUCUCAGGUCACAUCAGGAUGUCGAAUUUGGCUCUGAAGAUGUAUUUUCUGAGCCUGGAAAAAAGCAAUCAGCCACUUCUGCUCCUGCAUCAGAGCAAUUGCUUUCAAGUGUCCCUCAGAUGUUGACAUCAGAUGCGUACUUAAACCUUAGGUUUCCCCCUGCAGCAGAAGAGAAGCCUGAUGCUACACCUGACUUGGUUGGACACAAAUAUAUCAGUGUGAUUGACAUUGAAGAUAAUGAUCUCCUGAAGGAUUUGCCUGUCAUACCUGAAUCUACAGAAACGAUAGGUACCACACAACAACUUGAGAGCCUUGAAGUGCCAUCUUCUGCCAAACUGCAUCAUUUGGCAGCCUCUGUCACUAAUGCAGUUCCUCCCAGUGAUUUUCAGAGAAAAGAUAAACAUCUCCAGCAUGUAUCAUUGCAAAUACAAGAAGAGAAUAUAAAGUCAGAUUCUUUCAGAGACAGCCUGACUUGGAACCUGAUGCAUGAGGUUGUUAGCACCAUCCCCUCUCCAGGGCUGUCAGCCAAACUGAUUAGCAAAGAAUAUCUUUCCACAAAACUUCAGGAAAUGGAUAUACAACUGCUGGCACUACAGAACAUAGCAGAGAACAUGGAGAAGGAUUUCAGCAACACUAAACUUUUAGUAAAUACAAUAGAAGAUUUAGGAAUGGCUGCUGAUCCUGACAUAGGGGCUACUUCCUUGUUCUCAGAAGGCAUUGGAGUUAUAGAUGAAGCAUGUUGUUCAAGUCUUACGAGCUUUGAUGUUCUGGAUAAAAAUGAGGGUUCAAAACCUGAAUACUCUGUAUGCAGUUAUACUGCCUUACAAACUCGCUCUGUUUCCACUGCAACUUCAGCUGCUAACUUUCCCAGUGGCACAAAGUCAUCUUCUGACAUUCAAAUAAAUGAAGAAUUAGACAAUAGUUCUGUAGAUGAUCCCCUGCAAACUACAGGACUAAGUGGUAUGACCGACAUUAUUAAAGAUCUUGUAACAGAAGGUGAUGUUUCUGCUACAGAACUGGGUUUUACCGAAGCACAGGCUAGACAAAUCUCCAAAAUCCAUGGUCCUGCAUUUAGACGUUCUCAAAAAACAGAAAAAGAAAAAAAAGAGAUACAAGCAUGGAUGAAAAGAAAACAAAAAGAAAGAUUGGCAGACUAUCUGAAUAAACGUGAUGAACAAAGAGAGAAAGAACAUAUGCCAUUUAAUGUGAAAAAUUGUAUGAAAUUUGGUCUCACCUCAAAGGAAAUUAAACUGAACCAGAAAAAGAAAGAGGAAAAGGAUAAAGCCCUGUUAUCUGAGCAUCAUAAUUUUAGAGUCUCACAAGCACUUUCCCUGAUGAAUGAGAUGUUAUCUGAAACAGCACAGCUUCCUACAGAGAAAUGUAGACCGUUGUCCAGAACAGCAAGGUCACCUCGAGAUUUCAGAAAGCAACUUCCUGUGUCUGCUAGAGGUCGGACUCUGUCAGCAGGUCAAGCUGAAAGGAGCAGGAUUGCUGCCAAACCUGGCUUUCAACAAGCAAGAUCUCUUUCUACUCCACCUCUUGGUUUAGAUCAGUCCAGAGGAACUGCCACUGCAGUAUUACAGAAAAAUAUUUCCAAGGACAGAAUUAGAAGUGCAGCAAGGUAUCCUGUUAAUUCUAGGCAAGUUGCCUUUUGGCCUCAAGACAGAUCAUCCCAAGUCAUCGGCAGAGGAACAGCUAUGGAUUUUAGCCAGAAGAGAAUGCGGUUGCAAGGCAACAGAAACCAGAUGCAAGUCUUGAAUGCAAGGCCACCUAGUUCAGCUAGACAAGCCUCUGCAGUGAAACAGGGAAGGCCUGGACUUCAUGCAGCUGCAGUUCAGACAGAGGAGACUGGUCUUGAUGAUGACAUUGAGCGAGAGUCCCUAAGUCCAUGGAGCAUCCCUGAUGACAUCCAAAGAAUCCUGUGUGACCAUUCUGGUUCCUUCUUUGAGGGUUCUGUGCCUUAUGAUGAUGAUUGCCUUCCUCUCAGCACUGAUGAUAUUGAUAACGUAUCGGAAAGCACAGGAAGUAUCCUCAGCAAGCUGGACUGGAAUGCAGUUGAGGCUAUGGUAGCAAAUGUGGAAGACAAGUGACAAGUCGUACACUUUCACAGCAGUUAAAGCAUGCACAUUAUAUCACGUAUACAAAUAUAGCAUAGCACAUGUACACAAAAAUUCUUGUUGAAAGCAAUGGGGAAUUCUGUUUAAAGCUCAGUGGUGGAUCAAGGGACCUAGUGGGAACCUGCAGAAAGUGUCUGCCUUCUUUAAAACGUUCUCUUUUAGGCUAGAGCCUAAUCCUGUAUUAUGCAGUGGGUCUUCAACUCUUAAAGAGUUGAGCAAGCUCAGGACAGACUGUCAGCGUACAAAGGCCCUCAGCAUUAAAUUUAUCCUUUGCAUUUGCAAAGAGCCAGGGAAUGGCACUGGUAAUAGUGAUUUGAUUUCUAAAAGUCAGUAUGUGCAUCCAGUGUAGAUAAAGUCUGAAGGAUCAGGUGUUUUCUCCUCUGCUUUUUAAUAUCUCAGAUUAAUAAAAUUAAGCUUUUUCACUUGAAGAGCACUGGUGUUUCUUGUCUACAUUUUUAAAUAUUAAAAUAUUUGACUAUUUUGAAAUUUAAGAAUUGUGAACGAUUGGUUUGGCUUUAAUAAAUGCUUGGUUUUAUUCAGUUA